UUUUACUACAUACUGAUAACAUCGUUGCAGGGCUGGCGUUGGUUUUACUACAUUGCUGGCAUGCCUGGUAUUGUCCUCGGCGUCGUCAUCUUCGUCACAGUGAGGGAGCCUAGCAGGCUGUCGACAGGAGAGAGUGAGCCCAGCUAUCGCGGAACGUCCGACUCGGAUGGCUGGGGAACGAGGCUAUGGGUGGUCGUCACAGCGUUUGUGCGCCCGUCCACGCUGCUGCUCUGCCUAGCCGGCUCCGUGAGGAACGCUGCCGGCUACGUGUGGGCUUACAACACGCAGCCGUAUUUCGAGAGCGUGGGACAGACGCCGCUCGAGAUUGCCAAGUACAUGUCGUGGCUCCCCCUGGUGGCAGGAAGCAUUGGCGUUGUGUUCGGCGGCUGCAUCUCGGACCAGGUCGUGAAGCGGCGAGGGCUGUACACGCGCGUAUGGGUGCUGGUCAUCAGUCAGUUGGUGGCAGCACCGUUUGCGGCCGGCGCUCUUUUCCUGAACGUGCCGUGGAGUUACCUCAGCUUGAUCCCGACCUAUAUCAUCGGUGAGAUGUGGGUUGCCGUGACACUGACCGUCCUCGUGGAGCUGCUGCCGGCGAGCGUGCGCACGUCAGGUGUCGCCACCUACUUCUUCAUCAUCAGCAACGUCGGCGGAAACAUGCCGCUGCUCGUCCCGCCGCUGCAGACGGCUUUCACCAACGCCGGCUACUCGCAGAUAGACAGUCUCCGUGGCGCGCUCUACGUGCUCUACCCGGGCCUGUACGUUGCCGGGUCGAUUCUCUUCCUCAUCACACUGCUAUCGCUGCGUCGCGAUGUCGCCCACGUCGCACGCACCACAGACUUCGUCCGCCUCUCUCAGUCAGCGUCAUCCUUGGCGUCCGACGAUAGCGCCGCCGCACCGGACGUCGGUCAUUCCUCCGUCGCCACGGCGACGGUCAGCGACCACGAGGAGGGAUUGAUCGUCACGGCAAUGGAUAACGGGAUGGGUGGGGAUGAAGGGAGAGGUGUGGGGUGGGCCCAGUAA